AUGGACACUACACUUCCCAAAACCGGCCGUCCAAAGCGCAAAUCUAUCGCCCACCAGCCUUCGACGGCUACCAACGCCAGUCACCGCGACAAUGCCACUGCAGAUAUCGCAGCUUUGCAAAGAGCUGAAGCGGCAGAGGCAGCGAAAAAGAAAUCUCGAGGCAAAAGCUUGGGUCCUGGUGGCCUUGAGGCGCUCAAGAAAACCUCUGGCAAUGCGACAAAGGCUGAAACCGCCUCCCUACCGCGAUCAAUCUUGAAGCCAACCGUCCCAUUGACCCCUCCCAAGGUCAUCCCUUCAUUUGACGAAUUGCGACAGCGCAGCACUAGAAAGCGAUCGCCUGCCAAAUCCGGCGCCGAGGAGCUCUUGAUCGAUUUCUCUACACCGGGGCCGAGUCGUCAAGAUGGCGCUGAGGUUGCAUUGUCUGGAGCGGAAAACGUCAUGGAUCCAUUCAGUCCCACGAAGCCUCAGGCUAGCAAUCAGCCUGAAGAGGAGGACAAGGAGGAAGAAGAGCGGCGUCAGGCUCAGAAGCAAGCAAUUCUCGACCGUCGUGCUGAGCGCAGGAAGUCCAUGGCUAACAGACGCGUCUCAUUCGCGCCCGAAGCUACUUUGCAUACCUGGAGUGUCAUGGAGCUAGCGGAGGACUCUACCACAAGCUCAGCCUCUAAUUCCACGAGGCGUCAGUCCUCAAUGACUGCGCAACAAACCCCUCAACAAGCUUCGUCCUCACAGUCUCCGUCAGAACGACCCACGACGCCUCCAGAGCAGACCGAGGAGCCUCAAGUCGCUGCCUCACCCGCCCAUCAGCGAGACCUGCAUCAAAAGAAGCGGCGUAGGAGUAGCACUGGUCCGGCUGCGCAGCUAGAGGGGUCUCUUGAUGAUGUCUUCUCCUCUAGUCCGUCCGGUGAUAUACAUACGGAAAGCAGCCCGGUUCGCAUCGACGAUAGUGCCGAGUCUGACGACGACGACGAUACAGAUGGCGACACGGCCAUGAGCAUGGACGAGGCGACUUCACAAUCUAUUGGCUCAGAAGACUCAGCAAGCUCUCAGUCGAGUCUAGAACACCGACUCCGACAGGCUUCGACACAUGCUGGCACCCGAGGUAUCGAAUACGACGAAUAUGGAGACGACCUGCCAAUGGAGUUGGCAGAAGACACUGUCACGAACGCGUUCAAACCAUGGGCUAAUCAAAAAAAUGAUGCCGAUAACAGCGCGAUGGAAGACCAAGAAAACAUUAACCCUUUCUCCCCUGCGUCGAAGGCAGUGCAAGCUCAGAUAAAGCCAUCGGCAGACGAUGAUCAAGAUGGGGAAGAGACCCAGGACAUGAGCAUGGACGUUACCAACGCCAUAGGUGGAAUCUUGGCGAAAGGACCUGCUGCUGAUCAGAGGCGACGAAAGUCGGUGGCGAAGCACCGCCGCAGCAGUGUCGCUCGCCGCAGAUCAUCUGGAGUGGACACCUCCUACGGUGACGAGACGAUGGAUUUUACCGCAGUUAAUGGCGGCAUCUUGAAUGCGCAUCACGGCCAACAAGAUGAAGAGAUGUCUGACGAGGAUAUGACCAUGGAAUUUACGAACGUAAUUGGAGAUGGCCUUGCCCAGCAGAAUGAGAGCGACCAUGAUGAUGCGACUAUGGAUCUGACUCGCAACAUGGAGAUGACCUCUGCGGUAGGUGGUGGCAUUCUCGACACCAUCGAAGAACAGACCGAGCCUCAGACCGAUCUGGAUGACACUCAGACUAUGGCAAUGGAGAUGACACGAGCUGUGGGCCGUAUUGUUCCCUCUCAGCAAUUCACGGAUGAAGAUACCACGCAGAUGGAAAUGACGAGAGCUGUUGGCGGCAUAUUGCCCAAGGGGUCUACUCCGGAAAAGACGCAAGCAAAGCAUCUGAUGCAGGAAGAAACCGAUGCAGGUCAGCUGAGCGUCUCGCCACUUCCAGCGCGGGCCCAAUCUACUCCGAAAACUCAAGGCCUCGUGACAUCUAUCGCGUCCGAGACAGGCAGCCCUGACAUGGCCCUGAAGCCCAGACUGUCGGGAAGGUCGAGACAGACUCCCAAUGCUGCAUCUACGACACCAAAAUUUAGCCCACGCCGACCAUCCCCUGCGAAAGGAUCGCCAUCUAAAGCUGUUAAAUCGACUCCCACCAAGCAAGUUACGCCUGUACCGAUUCGUUCAGAGAAACCGAACAGAACGCCCAUCAAUGGAAAUGUCUCGCAGCGCAGUGCUUCACCCAAGCGACUGUUCGAAGACGAACUUCAAGCGCGAAAGUCACCUGCUUCUGUCCAAAAGCCGACUUCACAAAAAAAUGGCUUGUUCUCGCAGGACGAGCAUACCGGACGACAAACUCCUAGAGUUGUAUUGAAGGCACAUCGACCUCAAUCACUCCGAAGACGCUCGAGUGGAGUUGGUAUUGACCAACAAGGGUUCGGUUCACCUCAGGUUGCUGAAAUCCUAGAUAGACGGUCUUCUAUCGGUGAUGCUGCGCCAUCUUUCAAGCUUGAAAGAGCCCAAAAGGGCAAAUUGCGCUUCGAGGACCCGCAAGAACUUGAACGUGAGAUCGAUGCCGAGAGAGCAGAGGAAGAACGCCGAGAAAGUGGUCGCUUCAUCAUGGAGCAAGAGGCAGAUGUUCAGCAAGAAGAAAACACGACUAUGCAGCUCAGUCAAAUGAUUGAGUCCAUGACCCCCAAGAAGGAGAAAAUGACCAAACUGAAAGGGCGGAAGAGUCUUGCAGUUGGUGGUGCAAAGGGCCUGUUGGGCAAGCGCCCCGCUGAGCUCGACAUGGAUGACGAAGAUUCGCCAAAUAGCCCAAAGCGAUUGAAAGUAGUCGCGCGCGAGGGCAGCCCCGUCAAGAAGGUCUAUCUGCCGAAGCCUCCAUCUAAGGAAGAGACAACGGGUCGCCUCACUCGCGCCGAACAGCGACGACUGCAGGAGCUGACCAUGACGGGGAGCACCACACCAGCUGUCUCCCCACCAAAGAAAUUUGCAACGAGCCCCAGUGGUGGUUCUCGAUAUCGAGAUGUGCCCUUGGACCAGAGUGCUCAGCGACCGGAGUCUUUUGUCGACAAGCUUGACAACGUGGUCGGAGCUGUCAGUGUGUCCACCGAGCAUGCAAACGGUGAUGAGCAAGAGAGAAUCUCCCUCCAGGAUUUCUUGAACAUGACCAACAUCCACUUCAUCGAGCUCUCAACCACGAAGAGAAGACAUACCCAAGCUCCCGUUCCUCAGCGGCCCUCGCAGGAGCAAGCCGACAAAUCAACAGAGGCCAAGUUCGUUGCUGCUGCCACUACCCUACCUUUACUGGAGCUGUAUCAACAUGCUACCCGAGAGUUGAAAUCGUACAUUUCUACCGGUCGUAAGAUCAUCAGAUCCAUCGAAAGUGAGACCUUGCACGAGCAACCUGCGCUGUUUAACGAGUAUGUCGAUGCUCGGCCUGAUGUCAAGGCGGUUAUGGACAAUCAAUUCCGGAACGGCAAAACGAAUGCGAGACUGCAGAGCAAAGAAGGGUGGUACACGUGGCGAGCGCAGCUCGUUGAUGGUCUCUACAAUGGGCUCGAGGGCAUCAAGAGGGGCAUGCAAAAGGAUGCAGUUCAGUUGACUCAACAACAGCAGGCUCUCAAUGGCGUUGUACCAGCACUUGGCGAACAACGAGAGGUGCUGAACAAGGAGCUUGCCUCCCUGCACCAGACUCUUACUGAGCUUGACAGUGUAGACACGGAAGCUUUGGACGAAGCCCGCCAACAGUUACGUGCAGCAGACCAGGAGAAUGUUCGGAAAUCUACUCUUUUGGAGACCUUACGUCAGCAAAUGGGUGAGAAGGAGGAGGCUCUAGAGUCUGCUGAAGAGCUCAAGGCUGAAAUGAAUGCUCAGGUCGACGAAGCCGAUCGCGUUCGGCAGGAGUAUCGUGGGUGGCCGGUUGUGGAUGUCCUCGCUUUGAAAGACAGGGUUGAUGCUAUUGAGAAAACAACCGGCUGGCGUUUGCUGGCCGCCGAGGAGGACACUGAAGAGCCGAAUGACUUCGGUGUCGCCCUGACAAUGUCCUUCAAGGAUGAGCUACGCCUCUUCUUCUACCCAUCAGUCUUCCAGACCUCGCCCGAAGGUGGCAGACGGCGCUCAGGCCGGAAGUCGAAAUCGGUGUCUGGUCCUACUGCACCUUUGAGCCUCACCUACUCGCCUCUCGAUGCGCAGGGCGACAUCAUGAUGGGCAAAGAGUUAUCAACCGAAAAGCGCUUCUUCUUCCAGCUGAUCAGAAGUCAGCUGCAUGCUCUUGCCAUGAUGCCCAAGUGUUCGAUACAGGCAAAGACCUUGCUCGAUACAGUCAGUAGGGGCUGGGACCUUGCACAUCAAGUCUCCGAGGAGAUCAGACUGCUCAAUAUCGCGGGUCUGACUUGGACACAGAUCCAGGGCGACGAGAAACUAGGAAUGCGUACCAAGCUCGUUCUGCCUGGACAGAGCCGCAUUGAUGUGGAGUUCACCCUGAAUGUCAACGCUCUCAAUGACGGUGGCUUCACGAGCUCCACAAGCAUUUCAGCACAUAGCGUCUACGGCGAGCAGGCCAAGUUGAUCCACGGCAGCCGUGGGCGGAAAGUGCAAACCGCACUGAGCAAGGAAGUGGAGAGCCAGGAACUCGGCCACGGUGCUUUCCUCCGCGCAAUCCACGCUUUCGAGCAGUGGCUUGACAUCCAAGCCGAGAAGAAGGCCGAGAAGCAGCCACAGCAGCAGCAGCAGCAGCAGGAAGAGGCGCCAAAGAAGCAUGUCGCGCCUGCGGCCUCUCUGCAUGAGCCGGUCCAGGAGCCUGAGUUCCAGCCUGCUACCGCCGCCACCAUCGCUCCUCCAGCCACCAUCGCUCCUCCAGCCACCAUCGCUCCUCCAGCCACAACAAAGGACCUCCGCCGCUCCCCACUCGCGCCCAAGCCGACUAACCUCCCCACCAAAUUGAUCGCCAAGAAACUGCCUGUGCCCUCGAAGCGCUUCACGCUGGCCAACAAAGCCCAGCUCGCCGCGACCGAGGCUGCUGUUGUUGACAAGGAGAAUAGCACGGUCGUCGCCGUCCACAAGAAGACCAGCGUGGGCCAGCAGCAGCAGCAGCAGCAGACGCCGACGAAGCAGCUGCAGGCCGAGAUGGAUGAGUUUGGUACUGCCGCGAUGGACGUCGAUGUUGAGGGCAUGAAGCCGGCGAUUCCGCCCGAAGUGCAGGAGCAGAUGAUGAUGGGAAGUCCGUUUCGGCGCAAAGGGGCGCUGAGGCGGAGUCCCAUGGGAGUGUAA